AUGGAUUUAGUGUACGGUCUCGUGUGGCUGCUGACAGUCCUUCUGGAGGGGAUAUCUGGCCAAGGAGUGUACGCUCCCCCGACAGUUCGGAUUGUGCACUCAGGAUUGGCCUGUAAUAUUGAGGAGGAGCGCUACUCUGAAAGGGUCUACACUAUCCGGGAAGGGGAAACUCUAGAGUUGACCUGUCUGGUUACAGGACAUCCACGUCCACAGAUCAGGUGGACCAAAACAGCAGGAAGUGCCUCUGACAGAUUCCAAGACUCGAGUGUCUUCAAUGAGACUUUGAGGAUUACAAACAUUCAGAGACACCAAGGUGGCCGCUAUUACUGUAAAGCAGAGAACGGCUUGGGGUCCCCAGCAAUAAAGUCGAUCCGAGUGGAUGUGUACUACUUGGAUGAUCCUGUAGUAACUGUUCAUCAAAGCAUAGGUGAAGCUAAAGAACAAUUUUACUAUGAGAGAACAGUGUUUCUCAGAUGUGUGGCCAAUUCUAACCCGCCUGUGCGCUACAGCUGGAGACGUGGCCAAGAGGUUUUGCUUCAAGGAUCUGACAAAGGAGUGGAGAUUUAUGAGCCCUUCUUUACCCAGGGUGAAACAAAGAUCUUAAAGCUAAAGAAUCUUCGACCUCAGGACUAUGCUAACUACAGCUGCAUUGCUUCAGUGAGGAACGUGUGUAAUAUUCCAGACAAGAUGGUAUCAUUUAGACUUUCCAAUAAAACAGCAUCCCCGUCAAUUAAGCUUUUGGUGGAUGAUCCUAUAGUUGUAAAUCCUGGAGAGGCCAUAACAUUAGUGUGUGUUACGACGGGAGGAGAGCCCACGCCCUCUCUCACCUGGGUCAGAUCCUUUGGGACUCUACCUGAAAAGAUUGUUUUGAAUGGAGGGACGCUUACCAUACCUGCCAUCACCUCAGAUGAUGCUGGUACUUAUAGCUGCAUUGCCAAUAAUAAUGUGGGCAAUCCUGCAAAAAAAUCCACCAACAUCAUUGUGAGAGCCUUAAAAAAAGGACGAUUUUGGAUCACUCCUGAUCCUUAUCACAAAGAUGACAACAUCCAGAUUGGGCGUGAGGUGAAAAUAUCUUGCCAAGUAGAAGCUGUUCCUUCUGAGGAGUUAACAUUUAGUUGGUUUAAAAAUGGUCGUCCAUUAAGAAGUUCUGAGCGGAUGGUUAUUACACAGACUGACCCGGAUGUAUCUCCCGGAACAACAAAUUUGGAUAUCAUUGAUUUAAAAUUCACAGACUUUGGGACUUACACAUGCGUGGCCUCUCUGAAGGGAGGAGGAAUAUCUGAUAUCAGUAUUGACGUUAAUAUUUCCAGCAGUACAGUUCCACCCAAUCUGACUGUUCCACAGGAAAAAUCACCUUUGGUCACCAGAGAAGGAGACACAAUAGAACUUCAAUGUCAAGUAACUGGGAAACCUAAACCAAUCAUCCUUUGGUCUAGAGCCGAUAAAGAAGUCGCAAUGCCUGAUGGAACAAUGCAAAUGGAGAGUUACGAUGGGACAUUGAGGAUUGUGAAUGUGUCGAGGGAAAUGUCAGGGAUGUACAAGUGUCAAACCAGCCAGUACAACGGAUUCAACGUGAAGCCAAGAGAAGCCUUGGUCCAGCUCAUCGUACAGUAUCCCCCAGCUGUGGAACCAGCAUUCUUGGAAAUCCGUCAAGGACAGGACAGAAGUGUGACCAUGAGCUGCAGGGUCCUGAGAGCUUAUCCAAUACGAGUGCUGACCUAUGAAUGGCGUUUGGGCAAUAAAUUAUUACGGACCGGUCAGUUUGACUCUCAGGAAUAUACAGAGUACCCUGUAAAAAGUCUUUCCAAUGAGAACUACGGAGUCUAUAACUGCAGCAUCAUAAAUGAAGCCGGGGCAGGGAGAUGCAGCUUUCUGGUGACAGGGAAGGCCUAUGCCCCAGAGUUCUAUUACGACACCUACAACCCUGUGUGGCAGAACCGACACCGAGUAUAUUCCUACAGUCUACAGUGGACACAAAUGAAUCCUGAUGCGGUGGAUCGAAUAGUUGCAUACCGGUUGGGUAUUCGGCAGGCUGGUCAGCAGCGUUGGUGGGAACAGGAGAUUAAAAUAAAUGGGAAUAUUCAAAAGGGAGAACUGAUUACAUAUAACUUGACUGAACUGAUUAAACCAGAGGCCUAUGAAGUCCGACUAACUCCUCUCACUAAAUUUGGUGAAGGAGAUUCAACAAUUCGUGUAAUCAAAUAUACUGGAGAGUUUCACUGUGGAUUUGAAGAUGGUAAUAUUUGUUUGUUCACCCAAGAUGAUACUGAUAAUUUUGACUGGACAAAACAAAGUACCGCGACAAGAAAUACGAAAUACACUCCUAACACGGGGCCCAAUGCAGAUCGCAGUGGUUCCAAAGAAGGUUUUUAUAUGUACAUUGAGACAUCACGGCCCAGACUAGAAGGUGAAAAGGCCCGACUUCUCAGCCCUGUAUUCAGCAUAGCUCCCAAAAAUCCAUAUGGACCCACAAACACUGCAUAUUGUUUCAGUUUCUUCUACCACAUGUAUGGGCAGCAUAUAGGUGUUUUAAAUGUCUAUCUACGUUUGAAAGGGCAGACAACAAUAGAGAAUCCUCUAUGGUCUUCAAGUGGAAAUAAAGGACAACGAUGGAAUGAGGCUCAUGUUAAUAUAUAUCCAAUUACUUCAUUUCAGCUAAUUUUUGAAGGCAUUCGAGGUCCUGGGAUAGAAGGUGACAUCGCCAUUGACGAUGUAUCAAUAGCUGAAGGAGAAUGUGCAAAACAGGACCUAACAACUAAGAAUUCCGUGGAUGGUGCUGUUGGGAUCUUAGUUCAUUUAUGGCUUUUCCCCAUCAUCAUCCUCAUCUCUAUCUUAAGUCCUCGAAGGUGA